AUGCUUGAUGAAACAAAUGAAUUGGUGAAGACAUUUAGACGCAUCCGGCAGAAUCUACAAUUGUCUUCAACACCAAAUCUACGCCUUCGAAUAUUUGGAAUCAAAAGUAGGAAUCGACAAUACGAUCUUCCAACUAGCAGUGAUAAUGGAGGAUUGAAGCGAAUAACAAGUUUGAAUCCAAAAUUUGAAGCGCUUCACUUUCCUUUAUUAUUUCCUUAUGGAGAGGAUGGUUUUCACCCCCAAAUCUCAUAUAACAUUUCCUUCUGUCCUCCAUCAAUGCGCAGGAAGUUUGUUACGCAGAGAGAAUACUAUGCUUUUAGGCUUCAGUAUCGGAUAGGUGAAGGCCAUACGUUGGUCAAGAGUGGAAAAGCGCUACAACACUAUUGUGUUGAUGCAUUUUCAACAAUAGAGCUCAAUCGAUUGGCAUUCCUUAGAACCCAUCAAAAGGACCUGAGAUCUGAAGUGUAUCAAGGUGAGAAACUUGGUCGUAUUAUUAUACCUUCUUCAUACACCGGAGGACCUAGAUAUAUGCAACAACUUUAUCACGAUGCCAUGGCAACCUGUCAGCACUAUGGAAAUCCUGAUUUGUUCAUUACAUUUACGUUGAAGCCAAUGGUUGUUUGUCGGGUAUUUCAUAUGAAACUGACCAAGCUCAUUGAUGAAUUCAAACGAGAAUCGUACUUUGGCAAAACAAUAGCAACAGAGAUUCCAGAUCCUCAUGUAGAUCCAGAAGGAUAUACAGCUGUGGUCAAGUUCAUGCUUCAUGGACCAUGUGGAAUUGACAACCCUAAAUCACCUUGCAUGAAAGAUGGGAAGUGUUCAAAGUUCUUCCCCAAAGCAUUCAGCAAUGAAACUUCAUUUGACAAGUUUGGAAAUGUAGUCUAUCGACGUAGAAAUUCUGGAGUACACGUGAAAAAAGGAAAAGUUAUGCUGGAUAAUAGAUAUGUCGUUCCAUAUAACAGGAAUUUACUGGUUAGAGCUCAGGCUCACAUUAAUGUUGAGAUAUGUCAUAAAGGAGGAUUGGUGAAAUACUUAUUUAAGUAUAUCACUAAAGGACCAGAUAGGCAAUCAAGUGUGAAAAACAUUCUGAAGAAUCCCAGAGCUGGCAAAACACAUCUGACAGCUUGGUUUCAACUUAAUAGACAGGACCCUGAUGCUAGAAAGCUAACAUAUGCUCAGAUACCAGGUUCAUACACAUGGGAUGAAGAAUACAAUGAGUGGACAUUGAGGACAAGAGGAUUUGCCAUUGGAAGAAUUGCUUAUGUUCCUCCAGGAAGCAGUGAUGUCUUUUUCCUUAGACUAUUGUUGACAAAGGUACAAGGAGCAACCAGCUUUAAUAACUUAAGGACUGUUCGAGGAGAGCUCUGCAGUACUUAUGAAAAAGCGUGUGAAAAAUUAGGUCUCUUAUCUGAUUCUUCAGGAAAUAUCAACUUCAAGCAUGCCAAAUCUGAUAAGGAGCACCUUUAUUUCAAUGCUCAUGUUUUGUGA